GGCUUGUGUGGGGGUGGCCCUUUAGGGGCGGGCCUCGAGGGGGCGGGGACGGCCGGCACCUGGGUGAGGUCGCGCCGCCCCGCCCCCCCGCACUUCCGUGUGCAGCGGCGCGGGAGCAGGCGGCUGCACCCCGAUCCUCUGGGCGACCCCCAGGCAUCCCGACGGCCGCGUUGAGGCCGGGGCGGUCCUUCUCCGCCACCCGGCCCGGCCCUCUCCGGCCCGCACCGAACCCCGCCGGCCGGACCGGACCCUGGGCCCCGGCCGCAGAGGUCUGCCGGGAACUGGCCUGGGAAGUGGCCCAGCUGAGGGCGGCGGGCCUGCUGUUCUUGGUGGCUAUUGCCUGGCUGUCGCCACAGCUGGAGCAGCACUGAGGGCUGAGGGGAGCCAGCAGCCCAGCCUUGCAGCUGCCCAGCAUGGCACCAUUCCUGCGCAUUGCCUUCAACUCCUACGAGCUGGGCUCCCUGGAGCUGGUGGAUGAGGCCAAUCCACCCUUCUGUGCUGUGAAGAUGAAGGAGGCACUCAGCACAGAACGUGGCAAGACACUAGUGCAGAAAAAGCCCACCAUGUACCCCGAGUGGAAGUCCACGUUUGAUGCCCAUAUUUAUGAGGGCCGAGUCAUCCAGAUCGUGCUGAUGCGGGCGGCCGAGGAGCCCAUGUCCGAAGUCACGGUGGGCGUCUCAGUGCUGGCUGAACGAUGCAAGAAGAACAGUGGCAAGGCUGAGUUCUGGCUGGACCUGCAACCCCAGGCCAAAGUGUUGAUGUCUGUGCAGUAUUUCCUGGAAGACGUGGAUUGCAAGCAGUCCAUUCGGAGUGAAGACGAGGUCAAGUUUCCCACCAUGUUUCGCCGGGGUGCCAUCAAGCAGGCCAAGAUUCACUACAUCAAGAACCACGAGUUCAUUGCCACCUUCUUUGGGCAGCCCACCUUCUGCUCCGUGUGCAAAGAGUUUGUCUGGGGUCUCAACAAGCAAGGAUACAAGUGCAGACAAUGCAACGCUGCCAUCCACAAGAAAUGCAUCGACAAGAUCAUCGGCCGCUGCACUGGAACUGCUGCCAACAGCCGGGACACCAUAUUCCAGAAAGAACGCUUCAACAUCGACAUGCCACACCGCUUCAAAGUGAACAACUACAUGAGCCCCACCUUCUGCGACCACUGUGGCAGCCUACUCUGGGGGCUGGUGAAGCAGGGCUUGAAGUGUGAAGACUGUGGCAUGAACGUGCACCACAAGUGCCAGAAGAAGGUAGCCAACCUCUGCGGCAUCAAUCAGAAGCUUUUGGCCGAGGCCUUGAACCAAGUCAGCCAAAGAUCCUUGAGAAAGGACUCGGAGCCAGAGCCUGUUGGAAUUUACCAGAAUUUUGAGAAGAAGUUGGGAAUCUCCGGGGAUGAUGGCCCAGACAGUGGGACCUAUGGCAAGAUCUGGGAGGGGAGCACCAAGUGCACCAUCGAAAACUUCACCUUCCACAAGGUGCUAGGCAAAGGUAGUUUUGGCAAGGUACUGCUGGCAGAGCUCAAGGGCAGGAAGGAGUUCUUUGCCAUCAAGGCCCUCAAGAAGGACGUGGUGCUCAUUGACGAUGACGUGGAGUGCACAAUGGUGGAGAAGCGGGUGCUGGCACUCGCCUGGGAGAACCCCUUCCUCACCCACCUCUACUGCACAUUCCAGACCAAGGAGCACCUGUUCUUUGUGAUGGAGUUCCUCAAUGGCGGGGACCUGAUGUAUCACAUCCAAGACAAAGGCCGCUUUGAGCUGUACCGAGCCACGUUCUAUGCUGCUGAGAUCAUCUGUGGACUGCAAUUUCUACACAGCAAGGGCAUCAUCUACAGGGACCUCAAGCUGGACAACGUGAUGCUGAACCAGAACGGCCAUAUCAAAAUCGCUGACUUUGGGAUGUGCAAGGAAGACAUUGUGGGUGAAAAGCAGGCCAGCACCUUCUGCGGUACCCCUGACUACAUUGCCCCCGAGAUCCUGCAAGGCCUCAAGUACUCAUACUCUGUGGACUGGUGGUCCUUUGGGGUCUUGCUCUAUGAGAUGCUCAUCGGCCAGUCCCCCUUCCAUGGUGAUGAUGAAGACGAGCUCUUUGAGUCCAUCCGUGUAGACACACCCCAUUACCCCCGUUGGAUCACCAAGGAGUCCAAGGACAUCCUGGAAAAGCUGUUGGAAAGGGAACCAACCAAGAGGCUGGGGGUAACAGGGCGGAUCCGAAGCCACCCCUUCUUCAAGACCAUCAACUGGACUCUGCUAGAGAAGUGUGAGAUGGAGCCGCCCUUCAAACCCAAAGUGAGGUCUCCUGGAGACUACAGCAACUUUGACCAGGAGUUCCUAAAUGAGAAGCCCCGCCUCUCCUACAGUGACAAGAACCUCAUUGACUCCAUGGACCAGAGUGCCUUCGCCGGCUUCUCCUUUGUGAACCCCAAAUUCGAGAGACUUUUAGAAAAGUGAGGCAGGCAGAUAUACCCUCCAAGCCACCCCAGCCAGAGCCCUCGGGUCAGCUCGCAUGGCCUGCCCACCUGCCUCGGGCACAGUGUGCAGGGCACCCCCUCCAUAGCACCCACCACACCCCAGAGAAGCACCAGGGGUUGCUCCCCAUUGCUGCUGCCCUCCACUUGCCCGGCUCCCGCCCGGCCAGACUCUCACGGUACUUCCUCUGUGAACUGUGUGUGAAUCUGCUUUCCUCUGCCUCAGAGGGAAAUUGUAAAUCCUGUGUUUCAUUACUUGAAUGUAGUUAUCUAUUGAAAACAUAUAUAUGCAUGUAGACACCUGUAUACAUGCAUAUUUACAGCAGCCUAUAUAUACUGUUCAGAAGAGAGAAAACAGGGACAGGAGGUCACAUGUUGAUCUUUUAAAAAUAUAUUUGUGUGUGUGUGUAUAUAUACAUAUAUUUGUGUGUGUGUGUGUGGUCAAGAGACAGAAAAACAUACACACACACAAACUGUUUGAACCACUUGGUUCUUUUAUUUGUGUGUCUGAAUAAACACCAAAUGGUACGGACCUGG